CGGUGGCGGGUGCUGAGCCGGCAGCGCAGGCGGGCGGAGCGGAGCUGCCUGGCCCGGUGGCGGGCGAUGCCCCCGUGAACCUCUCUCGUCGCCCCUCCCCGCCCCGCGUCCCUACCCUCUCAAAGUCCGCGCCCGCCAGGGGCCGGGCCGCGCCUACCGCCGGGUCCGCGGGGCGGGGUCCCGGGGAACACCUGCCCCGCCUUGCGGAGCUGCCACGGCCUGCGGAGCCCCUUGCCUGUCUGGACUCCGGCCCCACCUCGGGGGUUGCCUGAAGAUCUCCUGUGCUUGGGAUCAUGUUUAACGGGGAGCCAGGUCCAGCCUCGGCUGGAGCCUCCAGGAAUGUGGUGCGGAGCUCCAGUAUUAGUGGUGAAAUCUGUGGAUCCCAGCAACCUGGGGGUGGGACCGGGACCACCACUGCCAAGAAGCGGCGGAGCAGCCUUGGUGCCAAGAUGGUGGCCAUCGUGGGCCUGACCCAGUGGAGCAAGAGCACACUCCAGCUCCCCCAGCCAGAAGGGGCCACCAAGAAGCUGCGCAGCAACAUCCGACGGAGCACAGAGACCGGCAUUGCUGUGGAGAUGCGAAGUCGCGUCACACGCCAGGGCAGCCGGGAGUCCACUGAUGGGAGCACCAAUAGCAACAGCUCCGAUGGCACGUUCAUCUUCCCCACCACCCGGCUGGGAGCUGAAAGCCAGUUCAGUGACUUCCUGGAUGGGCUGGGACCAGCCCAAAUUGUGGGGCGACAGACGCUGGCAACACCCCCCAUGGGAGAUGUGCACAUUGCCAUCAUGGACCGGGGUGGCCAGCUGGAGGUGGAAGUGAUUGAGGCUCGAGGCCUGACCCCCAAACCAGGCUCCAAAUCUCUCCCAGCUACCUAUAUCAAGGCUUAUCUGCUUGAGAAUGGGGCCUGCUUGGCCAAGAAGAAGACAAAAGUGGCUAAGAAGACCUGUGAUCCCCUGUACCAGCAGGCUCUGCUUUUUGAUGAGGGGCCCCAGGGCAAGGUGCUGCAGGUGAUCGUCUGGGGAGACUAUGGCCGCAUGGAUCACAAGUGCUUCAUGGGUAUGGCCCAGAUCAUGCUGGAUGAACUGGACCUGAGCGCUGCGGUUACCGGCUGGUACAAACUCUUCCCCACCUCCUCCGUGGCAGAUUCCACACUCGGAUCCCUCACCAGGCGCCUGUCCCAGUCCUCCUUGGAGAGUGCCACCAGCCCUUCCUGCUCCUAAGAACCUUGCUCAGGACCAGAGGCUGGGUGGUGGUGUGAGAAGGGGGCCUGCUGGCCUCUACCUCCCCUGUACAUAGUCUCUGUGUCUUUCUGGACCCCUUGCCCUGCUGCAUGCCUGUUGGCUACUGGGCUUGUCCCAGCUGGCAGUGGAGGUGUGUGUGUGUGUGUGUGUGUGUGUGUGUGUCUAUUUGUGUGUAUGUAUGUGUGACUACUUUUUAUGUAUUCAUUUGUCUCGGUACAGUCAGUCCUGGUGACACAUGGGCUGGAAUCCAUGUCUCUUUGUAUCUUGUUGAAAAGAAACCCAAAGGA